AGGGGACUUCAAAAUUACAGGCAGGAAAUGUUACUCCAGGAUCUGAUGGCCGUUUAGAAGCUGAAGUUAAAUGGAUUACACUGAGCUGUCAAGCACAGGAAGUCAUUGGAGCCAAGACUGAUCACUUGCCUGGCACUGGUUCAACACCACGUCCUCGAGUGGGUGGAAGAACCUUUCACGAUACAUCAGCCAAGUUCUCGUAGUCUGUUGAUUUGCCAUGGAGCCAAGAAACUUUGUCUGAUUCGAAUAGGUUAGCUUAAGGGUGAAAAGAUAAACAGUUUGGCAGCGACCUUUGUUCAUUUCUGGAUUACUCCCUUUCUCUCUUGGCAUUUGUGUUAUUUAUCUUUAUUUUUUGUCAUCCAAGAGGAAAUUAUGUCUCAAGUUAAUUUGUUGAAGUGAUAUGCUACAAAACACCUACAUCCAACACAAAUGACAUUCAUUCAUGGUGUUCUUCAAAGUAAAGUUAAUUCUUGGGAAAACGGUCAUUUAUCAAGGGACUACAUUCAUUCUAACAAAACAUGGCCAGAGACAACAGCCUUCUGAGCCUCAUGCCUUCACCUGUGAGGUAUAAGCAAAGGUGUGGACCACCUCUGGGUUUAAUCCUGCAUCUUUCUCCCCUACAUUCUCUGAUUUUUUAUUACUUUUUGUCAUGUGCUGCUGCUGCGGGCACCAUAGAAUAUGACUAUGGAAUUAGCCCCAAAUUUGUCUGUACUCCCGUUCCCCCAGAAGCAGAUCCCAGCUGUUAUUCACCACCUUCUGUGCCCCAUGGACCAAGUAGUAGCAGUCAUGGGACUGACCACAGCACCGGCAACCAUCGGGGCAUAAUGUCAGAUGAGGCAAAAGCCACCAUUUUGCACCUUCGUGAGAGCCUUGUAAGGCAGAAGGAAACAAUCCUGGACCAGAGGGAGACCAUCAGAGAACUGACUGCCAAACUCACAUUGUGUGAAGGGUUUGGUGGUCACCACAACAUUGGUCAUCACGAAAGCCACCAUGGUUACCAUGACAAUCAUCAUGACACUCAUCAUAGCAGCCAUCAGGACAAUCAUAACAGCCACCAUGGUGAGCACCAUGGACAUCAUGGCAGCCAUCAUGGGCCGUCCUCACUGCACCAUGGGCCCUCAGCACAUCAUGGCAGUGAUCAUCACUCCUCCCAUGGCAGCCACAGGUCAGACCUCCACCACCAAAAGGGUUCGUCAUAUGGCAAACACAGCUCUUUUUCGCCAGAACAGACUGGAAAGACGCUACAGAUAUUGAAAGAGAGGCUGGAGAACUUGCAGGCAAGAAACUCCUCCAGUUCCUACUCAAGCUCCCUGAGAGAACUCCUCCAGCGAAAGAUCAAUGCUCUAGAAGAACAGUUACACAGUUACUACAGAGAUCAACAUAAUGACCACCAUGCUGAUCACCAUGAUGACUUGCAUAAUGAUAACCACAGCAGCAGCCACCAUGAUGACCACCAUUCUACUCACCAUGGUGGCCAUCUUGACGAUAGUCACCAUGAUAGCCACCAUAGCAGUGGUCACCAUGAAGACCAUCACAGAAGCCACCAUGGUAGCCAUAGAUACAACCAUCACAGCAACCAACAUAGUCGCCAUUAUGACCCCCACUAUGGCUGGCAUCGUGGUCAUCACUAUGGUCACCAUGAAGACCAUCACAGCAGCCACCACAAUGACCAUCAUAAUGACCACCAUGGUGACCAUCAUGGUGGUCAUGAUAGCCAUCUUGGCCACCAUAAUUCUCUCCAUGGAUCUGGACAUCAUGAUGACGAUCAUGAUGAUCACCAUGGCACUGAAGACCAUGAGCACAAUCAUGAAAGGGAGCACCCACCCAGGCGCCUUCCUUACACUAGCAAGGAAACAAGUCUGCGGGGCUCUGGCCACAGCAAGCUGGAAACAGUUCUCAGCCAACUACAUCACAAUGACCAUGGAAACCAAAAGAAGCUUAAGAGUCCAAGUGCUUUCCUGCUUGAGUUUCCCAUGAGGACCAACUACAUGUAUGCCAGAAUGAAGCGAUCAGUGGUCAAUGAGAUCUUUGCCCUGACCAUCUGUCUGUGGCUGAAGCCAGGGGAAGGUUCUAACCUUGGAACACCCAUUUCCUACGCCGUGCCUGGGCAAGCUAAUGAGCUGGUGCUAAUGGAAUGGGGCAGCAACCCAAUGGAGCUGCUCAUUAAUGACAAGGCGGUGACAGUACCAAUAACUUUGACAGAUGGAAAGUGGCAUCAUGUGUGCGUGACAUGGUCAACACAUGACGGCGUUUGGGAGGCUUACCAGGAUGGAGUGAAGAAAGGUUCCGGACAGAACCUGUCAGCCUGGAAUCCCAUAAAACCAGGAGGGAUCUUUAUGUUGGGUCAGGAACAGGACACAAUGGGAGGUCGCUUUGACAUCACUCAAUCUUUCUUGGGAGAGUUGUCAGAUCUCCAGUUCUGGUCCAGAGUCUUGACAGCCAAUGAGAUUCACACCCAGGCAACAUGUGGAAGCCACCUCGUUGGUGACGUCAUGUCGUGGUCUGAAGAGCAAGUGGAACUUCAUGGAGGGCUGACUGAGCUUCCUUUUGAGCCUUGUCACUAAAGAGAAACAUUGAAUUCUCACAGGCAAAGCAGUAGGAUUAUGAUUAAAUGCAUGUGUCAAAAAUGGAGGGGGUGUGGGGAAAUAUAAUCUUUCUGCCUUCUCCACCUACGCGCUCACUUCAUGUUCUCAGCAGGACUGCUUUGAAAGCUCCCAAGAGCGCAGCGCUUUGGAUUUACUGCCUGUAUGGUCACGACUGCGGCUGCUCUGAUGGAUUCAACACAGAUAAUUGGAUUUCCUUUCAGCAGAACAGCGAUAGAAGUUGCUGGAUGCUAUUGACGAGCUUGCUGCAAUCAUCACAAACAUAAAAAAGGGUAAAAAAGAGAGUAAAAGGGUCAUGAAAAAAGCCUCAUCAGCUCCUCAGCAGGAUUGAUGUUGUCACAGGAUGUUUCUUUUACAGGUCAAACCUGGCAUUUUUAUAGCAUUAC